GGCUGAACCCGGAAGUGGGUCGGCGCCAGAGCGAGCGCGCCCGGAGUGGAGCUCAGCGGCCGGGAGCCAACGGGUAGCCCUGGGUUCCCGACCAUGCAACCCUCGGGCACGCCCCUCCAGAAGCUGUGAUCCAAGACAAUCUAGUUUUCCUUUAUAAAUCCCUCAAGACACUUAUGAAGUUUCUUGUUCUGAUACCGUUGUACUGCAAUGAAGAAAAGGAGAAAGGUUACUUCACAUCUUGACGAGAAGAUCCAUCUAGGCUACCGUAAAGAUUCUUCGGAAGGAAAUGUUGCAGUGGAGUGUGAGCAAGUAACCUACACUCAUUCCACGGAAAGACCAGCUCCCGAAGCUCUUCGCUGUUACCAGGAACUUCCUCCCUCUCCGGAUCAGAGAAAACUUCUGAGUUCUUUGCAGUACAAUAAGAACUUGCUGAAGUAUUUAAAUGAUGAUAGGCAGAAGCAGCCAUCUUUCUGUGACUUACUUAUCAUAGUAGAAGGAAAAGAAUUUAGCGCGCACAAAGUCGUCGUUGCUGUUGGCAGUAGUUAUUUUCAUGCGUGUUUGAGCAAAAAUCCAAGCACGGAUGUUGUCACCCUGGAUCACGUAACUCACUCCGUUUUUCAGCAUUUGCUUGAAUUUCUUUACACAUCAGAAUUUUUUGUGUACAAAUAUGAAAUCCCACUUGUUUUAGAGGCUGCAAAAUUCCUGGAUAUUAUAGAUGCAGUUAAGCUGCUAAAUAACGAAAAUGUUGCCACUUUUCAGUCUGAGCUAACUGAAAAAUCAUCACCAGAAGAAACACUAAGUGAGUUAACUGGAAGACUGUCGAGUAAUCAUCAGUGUAAAUUCUGUAGUAGACAUUUUUGUUAUAAGAAGUCUUUAGAGAAUCAUUUGGCGAAAACCCAUAGAUCCCUUUUAUUAGGGAAAAAGCAUGGGUUAAAAAUGCUGGAGAGAAGUUUUUCCACAAGGAGAUCAAAACGGAAUCGGAAAUGCCCUGUUAAGUUUGAUGACACUAGUGAUGAUGAACAAGAAAGUGGUGAUGGGUCAGACAAUUUGAAUCAAGACAGUUUUGAUAAGGAAAAGUCAGAUAGAAAUGAUUCUGAGGAUCCCGGCAGUGAAUGUAAUGCUGAAGAGGAUGAGCUAGAGGAGGAAAUGUCAGAUGAAUACUCUGACAUUGAAGAGCACAGUGAAAAGGAUCCCAAUGAUGCAGAAGAGGAGGCUGAGGCUGGUGAUUCUGUUGGAAGCAUUCAUGAGGGAUUAACCCCUGUAGUCAUUCAGAACAGUAACAAAAAAAUAUUGCAGUGUCCCAAAUGCGAUAAGACAUUUGACCGCAUAGGAAAAUAUGAGAGCCACACACGUGUUCACACAGGUGAGAAGCCCUUUGAGUGUGAUAUUUGUCACCAGCGCUAUUCGACAAAGUCUAACCUAACUGUUCACAGAAAGAAGCACAGUAAUGAAACAGAAUUUCAUAAGAAGGAGCACAAGUGCCCUUAUUGUAAUAAACUUCAUGCAAGCAAGAAGACUUUAGCCAAGCAUGUUAAGAGAUUUCAUCCUGAAAAUGCACAAGAAUUUACUUCCAUUAAGAAGACUAAGAGUGAAAGUUGGAAAUGUGAUAUUUGUAAGAAAUCUUUUACUCGAAGACCACACUUGGAGGAACAUAUGAUUCUCCAUUCUCAAGAUAAACCUUUUAAGUGUACCUAUUGUGAAGAACAUUUUAAAUCACGAUUUGCACGGUUAAAGCAUCAAGAGAAGUUCCAUCUGGGUCCUUUUCCAUGUGAUAUAUGCGGUCGCCAGUUUAAUGACACUGGAAAUUUGAAACGCCAUAUAGAGUGUACCCAUGGUGGAAAGAGAAAAUGGACUUGCUUUAUCUGUGGGAAAUCAGUACGAGAAAGAACUACUUUGAAAGAACAUUUGAGAAUCCAUAGUGGAGAAAAGCCUCAUCUUUGUAGUAUUUGUGGGCAAAGUUUUCGUCAUGGAAGCUCAUACAGACUUCACUUACGAGUACAUCAUGACGAUAAAAGAUAUGAGUGCGAUGAAUGUGGGAAAACGUUCAUCCGUCACGAUCACCUUACAAAGCACAAGAAAAUACAUUCAGGUGAGAAGGCUCAUCAGUGUGAAGAAUGUGGAAAAUGCUUUGGUCGUAGGGAUCAUCUCACUGUCCAUUACAAAAGUGUACACCUUGGAGAGAAAGUGUGGCAAAAAUAUAAAGCAACCUUUCAUCAGUGUGAUGUUUGUAAGAAAAUUUUUAAAGGCAAAUCAAGUCUGGAAAUGCAUUUUCGGACACAUUCAGGUGAAAAACCAUACAAGUGUCAAAUUUGCAAUCAAUCUUUUAGAAUUAAGAAAACUUUAACAAAACACUUGGUCAUUCAUUCUGAUGCCCGGCCUUUCAACUGUCAGCACUGUAAUGCAACAUUUAAGCGGAAAGACAAGCUGAAAUACCACAUUGACCACGUUCAUGGCAUAAAGUCACCUGACGAUCCUCUCAGUGCUUCUGAGGAGAAGCUUGUAUCCUUGCCAGUAGAGUACUCAUCCGAUGAUAAAAUCUUUCAAACAGAAACAAAACAAUAUAUGGACCAGCCCAAAGUUUACCCGUCAGAAGCCAAGACUAUGUUGCAGAGUGUGUCUGCUGAAGUGUGUGUCCCUGUAACGCUGGUUCCAGUCCAGAUGCCUGACACUCAGAGUGACCUGGUGCGUCACACCACUACUCUCCCUCCACCUUCUCACGAGAUCUUGUCGCCACAGCAGCCAUCCACUGAUUACCCACGAGCAGCUGACUUAGCUUUCCUGGAGAAAUACACUCUUACUCCUCAGCCUGCAAAUAUAGUUCAUCCAGUCCGACCUGAACAAAUGCUAGAUCCUAGAGAACAGUCUUAUCUUGGAACGUUAUUGGGCCUUGAUAAUGCCACUGCUGUACAAAAUAUUUCUAGUCGUGAGCAUCAUUCAUGAGUAAAUCUAAGCAUUCCACAGACUUUUUCUGUGGUUACGUGUUAAUGGUAGCCUAGAGCUGACAGCUUUUAACUUAGUGGGGCUGCUAUUUUUUCAUUUUCUCUAGUUUCUCAAGUCCUCAGAACCAUUUCAAAUCAAGAAAAAUAUGUAUCUCUGUUUACUGAACAUAUGAAUAUUUGGACAUAUUUUGAGGUAUAAUAUUUGAAAUGGACAUUUUUAUGAUUUUUUUAAAGGCUAAUGCUAAUUUUUAAUGGUUUCUUUAACUUUUCAAAACUAUUAGCUGUUAACAUUAUGAGGGUAUUUGUUUUUAGUCAUCAAUGGAAAUUUUUAUUCUUCUUUAGUCUCAUUCCUCAUUUCUCCCUUCCCCAUCUUCCAAACAAGUGUUAAGGAUGAUGUAGCUUUUAAGAAAGAAUACAAGAGUAUAUAGAACUAAUAGUUGCAACUGUUCCUUAUCCUAACUUAAGUGUCAUGAUUAUUUCUUCCAGAUUUUUAAAAACUGAAAUCAGGAAUUUGAAUUUAUAAGAAAGUCUUGGAUAGUUGGGUGUUCUUUUUUCAUCCGGCCAUAAUUUCAGUUUAUGACUAUCCUUUGGUCUUUUGACAAACUCAAAGCCAGAAAGCUAACUAAUGCAGGAUUAGCUCAUUAAAGGAAAUGUAGAAUUGAAAUAAUUACCCAGAUGGUUGGUUUUUGCCUGUGCUUCAAUUAUUGUGAAUAAGAAAUGCAAAUACAGGUCUAGGCAUUAAAUUACACAAGUUGAAAAUGUGUUAAAAGCAAAAUAUGACAGUUUUAACUAGAUAUUUUUCAAGGUAAGUUCACCUUAUGUAUUUUGCCAUUUAUUUCAGAAACAAUAAUAUAUCACAACAUAUAUCUUCAUCUUACUAUGGGAAGGGCAGUUAUAACUAAUUAGUGAAAAUUUAACAAGCUACUUUUGGUCUCAUUUACCUUUGCUAACUGAAACUCUGGGAAAUAGAACCUACAGAUUUCAUAUAUGAUUGUUAGAAAAGGUGCCAAACAAACAUAAAAUUUGUGUCUAAUUGAACUUAAUGUUUUUUAAUUAAAGGGAACCAUUAUUUGUAUACAGAUUUACAUGUAAUCUAGAUCUUUAUUUUUGCUUUACAAUAAGCCUAAUGUCUGUAAUUAUCCUUGAUUUUUAUUUUUGUAUGAGACAAAAGUUGAGGACUUGGUAAAAGUAAAUAGCAGUUGGAGCAAAGCCUCACUGAUUAAAAUUAAAUGAGGAAAAAGUCAGUCAGAAUUGUAAAAUAACCUUUAAAGAUGUGCACUUUCCAUAUUUUCAAGUCAGUUUAAACUUAAACUAGGAUGUUUCCUAGUAGAGCUGCUUAAAGGGUUAGAGAAUAGGCAGGGUUGAUUUAUUAUUAGCAUGUCAUUUGUAUGUAAACUACUGGAAAAUAGCAAUUUUAAGAGUUUUCUACUUCAGUUUUGUUUACACUCCUAAUUGCUUUAAGCACUUUUUUUGUGUAAAGUCUGGCCCAGCCCUUGUGAAAAAAAUCACAAAUAAAAUAAUGAAGUUUUAGUGAAUAAAAUUUAACCACUUAAUAAUGUGGAAACUUGUUUCCUGAAGCACUUAAGAAAUGAAGGUACUUUACAGGAAUACUCACCACACUAAUGGAAAUAAAACAAAAGAAAAAAAAGUUGAGAAUUAGGGCAGUUAACCAAAGUAGCUCAUAUAAGUAAUAAAACCAACCUGAGUUUUGCCUCAUUUAUUAAAGUUUGGUUAUAAUUAUCCUAGGACCGAUAGAUACUAGUUAUGUAUUAAUUCUUUAUAAAGCAUUCUUACUUUCGUGUGGAAAUGUUAUGUCUGGAGUACUUACAUGAUAGAACUUGACUAUAUGAGGUACUAUUAUUCUGUCUUUCAAAAUGACUUUAAAAAAUACAUAUCUUUAUGAUUUUUAUCAUAAAGACCUGCAAGACUUAACUAAAAAACUUAGUAUGAUGAAAAGAAAUCAUAUCUAAAAGUGUACCCUGCCUUGCAUAUAAACCAAUGUAGAAAAGUUUGGACUUACAGAAAGGCAAAUGGUAUAUAUGUAUAUGUGUGUGGUAUAUUAUAUGUUUGGUAGCAGAAAAAGAGGGUGUUGCGGUGUUGCAUUUUCAACAUUCAAAAGAAUACCUUGCUUUUUGAAGGUAUUGACUUUAGGGUUCUUUUAAUAAUAAUCUCCUAAUGCUUUAAAUAUAUGAUUUGAUUGUAGGAAUUGGUUUACAGUAUAGAACUUUUCUGGAAUACAUCUCUUAUAUAAAGUGAAACAUAAUUAUAUUUAGUUAUUAUUGUAGAUAACAAACUUGAAUAGUAGUUUACUGUUUUAUACAAUGCUUUCACAGUUAUCUCAUUUAAACCUCAUAACCAGCUCUGAAAUAGAAAUGACAUACUGUAUUCCCAUGUUAGAGAUAAAGAAUCUGAGGUUAAGCCUACAUCAUUAAUAAGUGGCAGAGCUACUAAUAGGGAAAGAAAUGGAGCAUUAAUGAAUGCUUACAAGGUGCCGGGCACUGCGUUUUCUCAUGUAAUCUUGAAAACAGUCUGGGAGGUAGGUAGUAUAAUUCUUAUGAAGAAAUAACCUCAGCGGGUGAACAGACAAACAAAUCUGCCUCUAAUUUCCAAAUUAGAAUAUACGAAAUUUUACAAUUGUGAAAACCUCAUGGAUUUGAGCAAACUGAAUGUAUAUAAGUUUUUGAAGUUGGCACAAAAAAAUAUGAAAUGAGGCCUGCUCUUUUCAGUUAACCUUUUGUCACAUUGUGAUUUGGAGCAUUUUGAACAAAUGCUCCAUUAACUCUAAAACCCAUUAAUUCUGUAAAUUUUAUACUUAAAAUUUUGAAUCUUGCAACUAAGUUUAGCCUCAUGCAGAAUUUUUUAUUUUAUGAGCAUAAUUUAUUGUUUUAAAUUAAUUUUGUAGUUGAUAGCAGUUAGCACUUAUUAUGUAAAUUGAAUAAUUUAUCAAAUGUAGGAAUUUGUUAACCUAAUCCAUUUUUACUUAAAUGUACCAAAGAUUUUUAGUAGGUAUUAAAAUAGUUUAAAAGAAUUUAAAUUCUUUGUUGUUUGAAUAAAUAUGUGUCCAAAGAAGCACAGUUGAAGUCCUAGGAUUAUGGAUUUUUUUUAAAAAUCGUUUGAAUACUAAGAUUAAAUGUUUGUGUUUAUAUGUAUAAAAAUGAGAACAGAAGAAAAUACUCUGGGAAUAGUCAUACUGACAAACCAGUUACAAAUAAAAAUACUCAGUUUUCCUCAGUUUAAUUAAUUGAAUGUUAUCUUUUAAGUGGACACUAUUAAAUGCUAAAAAUAAGCUUACUUUUUACACUACACUAUUAAUUAAUUUUGCCUUAGAAUUUUUUUUAAGACAAGCUGAAGAUUUUUUUGUAAGAAACCCCACCUAUUUUUUGCAGCCUAAAAUGCUAUUUAAGAUUAGGGUUUGUUCUUCAUGCCAGCAAGAUUUCACCAACGACUGUGAAGGCAGUGAUCUUUGCAUACUUUUAAGUAAGUAACUUAGUCAUCUGUUGAAGAGGAGUAGCAAAAAUAGGGUUUUAAACUGGUGCUUUAUUAAGUGACUUUCUUUAAAGUGAUGGUAGAUCAUGAAGUAGGUACAUAAAUAAUUUUCUGUCAACCUUAAAAUUGUCAAAACAUCUUUGAGGAGUGACUAUAAGCUAUUAGUUAAGGGCUAACAAGUAUUUAAAUGUCAUUCAUUGCUUUUCACUCUAUAAUUGCAAACGAAUUAAAAACACCAUUAACUGGUGUGUGUGUGUAAGUUUGUUUGCGUUCUCUUCCUAGCAGAUCACUCUGCUGUAUCAUUGGUGGAAAGUCAGAUGGGGAGCAUCAGCUCUUUGACAGUGUCCUUUUAUAUAUGCCCAGUCUUCUCUGGAUUGAAUGCUUUGUGCCUUUUCAGUGCGCUAUACUUGCUUGGAGUUGACUCUGCUGGCUAGAUUGUUUUGGUUAAAAAAUGAUUGUGGUUUUGUUGUUGUUAUGGGUCUUAUGUGUGUGUUGCCUGCUGGUCAGGCAACAGUUGUUUUUAGGUUGCUUUAUGUUUUUGUAGGAAAAUUGGCACCAAGUACUAGUGUGAUUUUUUUUUUUUUUUUUUUUUUUUUU